ACACAGCAAACCGCUUGCUGGCGAAAUGUUCAGUCUUGGUGUUAAAAAGCUUUGUUGAAACUGGUGAGGUCAGACAUCAUUGCAGCAUCAUUGCAGUCAGAUAUUAUUGCAGUUAGACAGUAGGGAUGUUUUCACAGUGAAUUAGAUUGCUAUGCUCAGCCCUUCAAGGAACAUGCGUGAAUGUAUAUCGGUGCACGUCGGCCAAGCCGGGGUGCAAAUUGGCAAUGCAUGCUGGGAGCUGUACUGUUUGGAACAUGGUAUGGGACCAGAUGGCCUCAUUCCAGAAGGAAGUGAAAAUAUCUCCGGAACAUCAGACGACUCUUUUACGACAUUCUUCACCGAGACGAAUUCCGGCAAACAUGUCCCAAGGGCGGUCUAUGUCGACCUGGAGCCGAGUGUGAUUGACGAGGUCCGGACAGGGUCGUAUCGCCAGCUCUUCCACCCCGAGCAACUGAUUAAUGGUAAAGAGGACGCCGCCAAUAACUAUGCCAGGGGACAUUAUACAGUGGGCAAGGAAAUUGUUGACAUGGUCAUGGAUAGAGUCAGAAAGAUGGCUGAUCAGUGCAUCGGGCUUCAAGGCUUCCUCAUUUUUCACAGCUUUGGCGGCGGAACCGGUAGUGGGUUUUCGUCCCUCCUCAUGGAGAGGUUGUCUGUCGACUACGGCAAGAAAUCCAAAUUACAGUUCGCGGUGUAUCCAGCGCCCCAGAUUUCAACGGCUGUGGUAGAACCGUACAAUUCGAUAUUGACCACGCACACCACUCUGGAACACUCCGACUGCGCCUUCAUGGUCGACAACGAAGCCAUCUACGACAUCUGCCGCCGUAACCUUGACAUCGAGCGACCUACCUACCAAAACCUGAACCGUCUGAUUGGUCAGAUCGUGUCCUCCAUUACAGCCUCGUUGCGGUUUGAUGGGGCCCUCAAUGUGGAUUUGACCGAGUUCCAAACCAAUCUUGUCCCCUAUCCAAGGAUUCAUUUCCCGUUGGUGACGUACGCACCAAUUGUAUCGGCUGAAAAGGCCUACCACGAGCAGCUGUCCGUCCCAGAGAUCACCAAUGCUUGUUUCGACCCGGUCAACCAGAUGGUGAAGUGCGACCCACGCCAGGGCAAAUACAUGGCCUGCUGCAUGCUGUACCGUGGCGAUGUCGUACCGAAAGACGUCAACGCCGCCAUUGCGAACAUCAAGACGAAGCGCACCAUACAGUUCGUUGACUGGUGCCCGACAGGUUUCAAGGUUGGAAUCAAUUACCAACCACCGACUGUUGUUCCAGGUGGUGACCUUGCCAAGGUCCAGCGCGCCGUGUGCAUGAUCAGUAACACCACAGCCAUAGCCGAAGCCUGGGCGAGACUCGACCACAAGUUCGACCUUAUGUACGCGAAGAGAGCCUUCGUACAUUGGUACGUCGGCGAAGGGAUGGAGGAGGGGGAGUUCUCCGAGGCCCGGGAGGACGUGGCGGCUCUUGAGAAGGAUUACGAAGAGGUCGGCCUCGAGUCUAUGGAGAACGGCGUGGAGGGCGACGAGGAGGGGGAGUAUUAAAACACUGAAUCAACAACAGCCGAGAUCCACCGCCUGAAACGGAGUACCCCAGAUAGGUCUGGAUGUGUUAUUGUAAUGAAUUUCGUAAAAUUGACGAUCAAAAUCGUAUUUAUGCUGAUUCAGCAUUAGCAGGGAGUUGAUGGGCGUUUAAAAGCCUUCGCCGCCCUUAAUUAGCGAGGUCGUUCUUUACGCAAAAGUACAUUACACUUGACGCUAGUUGUCCACUUAAUGAUAAUAACCGGAUACAUUUCGUCAAUAUCAAGCAUGGCUUUUUAUGCUAUUCUAAAGCUGUCGUCCUUCACGCGAUAAUAAAUGGCGUUUUGCCCAAACUACCAAUUCUUCUGUUAGUUUUGUGCUAUAAUUCAUGUCUUCUCUGUAUGUGCUGAAAAUCAAAUUGGGACUCAAAUGUCGCUACAAGUAAGUCCUAUUCAAGGUCGACCUUGUGUAGU